AUGAGGACACUCUGGAUUGUGGUAAUCAUCCUACUCGAGAUACACUUGUACUUCACAGUAAGCCAGGCGAAGCAUCAGCAGAACUCAAGUGCCAAUAAUGCAAUCGCCCCAUUGAAUGCCCCGGAGGGUAAAAAUGAAGAUGUUCUUGAAGGACCAAUUGCAGAGGUGCUUGCUCAAAGUGGUACCACGGCAGUCCUGCCGUGCAAAAUUACUGAUCCUGGAGCUGGAACGAUUACGUGGGUGAGACGGAGGGACAGGCAAUUGUUAACAGUCGGUACUAGUACACACUCCAUUGACAAGAGAUUUGUCGUCAGACAUUCGAGCACCGACUGGCAACUCACAAUUCGUACCGUAACAGUAGACGAUGCCGGCAUAUAUGAAUGUCAGGUGACGUCGCAUCCGGUGCAGCGAAACUUCGCCCGUCUCAAGAUUACGGAGGCGUACUCGAUAAUAAUACCAGGUGCGCCUGAUCUGCACGUGAAGCAAGGUUCGAACCUUCGUUUGGAAUGCCAACUUAUGGCAGCCACGGAAAAGCCCGUUUAUGUCUUCUGGUAUCGUCAGGGUCGUAUGAUAAAUUACGACGAGGAGACCGGCGUUGAAGUCAAGCUCACAUCAAACGGCUCCAUUCUGACGGUGAACAAAACAAAGCUUACGCACGAAGGGAACUACACGUGCGUACCUAGCAACGCCAAAGUAGCGUCUGUCAUGGUUCACGUGAUCGAAGAGGAGGAGAAGCCAGCGGCGAUGCACGGGGGCGACAGAAGGAACCUCAGCCCGGCAAUUUUGGCGAGCAACUUUCUCGUGUCCCUCCUGGCGGCCGUCAGCUGGAGGGUACCCAGUUUCACGAGCCUUUACCCGACGUGAAUUACCGCCGCCCCGGCGGCAUACUUCGGCCCGUGUGUCCUCCGUGACCUGACGGCGGGCCCGGUGAGAAAACGAGUUCCCGAAGUCGUUGUUCUGCUGCCUGGUGUCGGCGCGAAUCCCGCUCACUUCUAACCUGGGAAGAAACUCCGGUGUGUGCCGAGGAUGAUUGUGCGCGUGAUACCAUGAACUCGGUUUACCUUACGUGUGUCUCUUUGCGUAUACUAUAGAUAGACGUUAUUCGGGGUUGAUAACCGCGGUACGCGCGUGCUCGAUGUGCUGCCCGACGGUGUCUUGUAGCUCAAGGACAGAAAGUCACCAGCGAAUCCGUUUGUCUCGGUAUGGUGCACACCUGUAAAGCUCUUCAAUCCUUCGCACCUUAUCUUCCAUCUUGGCCCGUUCUCGCGCGAGUGCCACGUAAAUGUGUUUGCCGGGACGACUGUACUCCAUUUCGAAAUUGAGCUAGCGAUUUAAUGUAGGAGAUACGUUUUACUCUUAAAUUCUUGUGUAAUUCUACGUGUCUUAUUGCGCGCGAAGUUACAGUCCAACUUCCGCUGUCCAUAAUAAAAAUGAGAAAUAUUUCAACGUGUAAAUACGACUGCAAUUUCUCUUGCUGCACUUAGAGAUU